UGCCGCCGCGCCCUCCGCUGCGAGACGCACCUCGCCAGUCUUGCAAGCCCCGCACUCCAACUUCUGCCCGGCGAGCCCAACUUCUGCGGCGGGCUCGGACUUGCCGAGCGCUAGAGGCGCGCGGCGUGCAGCCUGGGUGGUGGCUGGAGCCUCUCUGCCCGGAGGAGAUGACCUGGCGACUGUGGCUCUGGUGCUUCUGUGCCUGGGUGGCCGCUAGCUGGCCGCCAGGCAGCGCCCUGCAGCUCCGGCCGGACAUGCCAAACGUUUGUGAAGAACAGCAGCUGACUGUGGUGGGACUUGCACACCCGUGUGUCCGAGCAUUCACACACAACGUCAAGCUGUGGAGAUGGAGCUGUGCUGGCCCAAGAGGCUGUGUGGGUUAUGAGAGAAGGACCCUGUACUACACCAUCUACAGACAGGAGUACAGCGUGGAGCGAAAGACCAUCUUCAGGUGCUGCCCUGGUUGGAGCCGGCAGGAGGAUGAACCUGGCUGCCUACGCUCUGUCUCUGCAGUGGAGACUUGUUUCAAUGGAAGGAGAUGCUCAGACAGUGAAACCCAGCGGUGCCAGUGUUCUGAAGGUUUUCAGGGACCCCACUGUCAAUAUGAUAUAAAUGAAUGUGCCAUCGACAAUGGUGGUUGUCAGGACCAGUGCUGUAAUACAAUUGGCAGUUAUUACUGCAAGUGUCAAGCUGGCCAGAUGCUGGAGGGAGAUGGCAGAGGAUGUGAAGAUGUGGAUGAAUGUGUGGUGGUGAAUGGAGGCUGCCAGCAGCGCUGUAUUAACACUCUGGGCACCUUCCACUGUGAAUGUGAUACAGGAUACAGACUCCAUGCUGAUGAACGCACCUGCCUAAAGAUGGACCCCUGCACAGGUGGGAAUGGAUGUGCCCACAUCUGCCAGAGCGUGAAUGGAAUGGCCAGGUGUGCCUGUCACCCAGGCUACCAGCUGUCUGAAGACAAAAAGGCCUGUGGAGACAUAAACGAGUGUGCAGAGGAGCUUGCUCGCUGUGGCCAGCGCUGUAUAAACACAGUGGGAUCUUUCACUUGUGCCUGCCACCCUGGCUUUGAGCUGGGAGCUGAUGGAAAACAGUGUUACAGGGUUGAAUUGGAAAUUGUCAAUAGCUGUGAAAAGAACAAUGGUGGUUGUUCCCAUCACUGUGAACAUGCAUUUGGUGGGCCCCGUUGUUCCUGUAACCAUGGACACCAGCUUGAUUCAGACGAGAAAACAUGCAUAGACCUUGAUGAAUGUGAGAGUGGAGAAGCCUGCUGUGCCCAGUUCUGCAUCAACUAUUUAGGAGGCUAUGAAUGCAGGUGUCGGGAAGGCUUUCAGAUCAGUUCUGAUGGCUGUGGAUGUGAUGCUUUAGAUGAUGAUGAGCUAGAGGAGGAAGAAGAGGAAUUAGAAGUUGUGAGGUCUGCCGGCCUUCUAUUCAGGAGUCUGCCUCAACUGCUUCAUUAUGUCACUAUGUCUCUGCCUCCUGCCUAUCAAGAUGAAGAAGAUGAGGAGGAAGAGGGAAACGAUAUUCGAGGAGAACUGACUGCUUUGCAGAAAGUUGUCUGUUUAGAUCACACGUUUGGACAUGAUUGCAAUUUGAGCUGUGAGGACUGCAUGAAUGGAGGCAGAUGCCAGGAAGGAAAGAGUGGGUGCUCCUGCCCAGUUGGCUGGGCUGGCAUUCUUUGUAAUGAAACUUGUUCCCCAGAGACCAGUGGGGAAGAGUGUGGAAGCAUCUGCGAUUGUCAGAACGGAGGCACAUGUGAUCCUCUAACUGGGCACUGCCAGUGCCCCCCAGGGGUACAUGGGAAAACCUGUGAACAUGGAUGCCCAAAAGGAUUCUUUGGAAAGAACUGCAAAAGGGAAUGUAACUGUGCCAACAGUGGCCAUUGCCACAGGGUGUAUGGCGUCUGUGUGUGUGAGCCAGGACGCUAUGGGAGGUUUUGUCAUUUGAACUGUCCCAAGGGGGUCUACGGGGCUGGCUGCUCUUCCGAAUGUCAGUGUGUGGAGGAGAACACCCUGGAAUGCAAUGCCAAAAAUGGCAGUUGCACCUGCAAAGCUGGUUACCAAGGCAACCGAUGCCAGAAAGCCUGCCCUGAUAGCCUCUGGGGACCAGAGUGCCAGUUCUCCUGUGAACCCUGUGAGAAUGGAGGUCAGUGCAACAAAAAAACUGGAAACUGUGACUGUCCCCCUGGUUACACAGGAAAAGCCUGUACCAAACCUUGUCCACCAGGCACAUAUGGGAAGGACUGUAAACAGGUAUGUCAGUGUUCAGCCGAGAAUGAAGACUGUCACCCAGUCACAGGGAGAUGUACCUGUCUGCCUGGCUACCAUGGAAACCGCUGUCAUCUCAAAUGCCCAAAAGGUACAUAUGGUCCAUAUUGCCAAAGGACUUGCAAGUGCCUGAAUGGCGGCAACUGUGACACCAUGAUUGGCACUUGUGACUGCCCUCCCGGCUUUAUUGGGGCUGACUGCAGUCAAACUUGUCCUGCUGAUCACUAUGGGCAGGACUGUGCCCAGCGCUGUUCCUGUGGCUCAAGACACUGUGAUCCAGUGACUGGAAGGUGCCAGUGUUCACCUGGCAGAAUGGGAGCCAGGUGUCAGCAAGAAUGUCCCCAAACAAAGUAUGGCCCAAAUUGUGAGCUAAAAUGUACCUGUAAAAAUGGUGGCCUUUGCAAUCCUGUGGAUGGAAACUGUACAUGUGGCCUUGGAUGGACAGGAAAUUAUUGUGAAAAAGAAUGUCCCCCUGGGUAUUAUGGCCCAGGCUGCCAUUUUAAUUGCACAUGUCAGAACAAUGGAGUUUGCAACAGGUUUUCUGGAAGCUGUGAGUGCCUCCAUGGUUACUAUGGAAGAGUCUGUGAACACGCAUGCCUUCCUGGAUUUUAUGGUUUGAAUUGUGCUCACAUCUGUAACUGCAAAAAUGGAGCUAGUUGUGAUGCAACGAGUGGACAGUGCAUUUGCCCAGCAGGUUUCCAUGGCAGCCAGUGUGAAAAAGAGUGCUCACCUGGAAUGUUUGGAGACAAUUGCCAUCAACUCUGUGACUGUGAAAAUGAAAGCUCCUGCCACCCAGUAACGGGAAAAUGCCUCUGCCCACCUGGGAGAACCGGAACCAGAUGUGAAGCUGAAUGCAGGUCAGGCCAGUAUGGACCUAACUGCGCUCUCAAGUGCCAAUGUGUUCACAGAGCUCACUGUAAUCCUCUCAAUGGGAGCUGCACUUGCCCCUCGAGGAGAAUGGGUCCAACUUGUGAAGAAAAUGGUUUGGACGAUCCUCAGUAACCAUAUGCUAACAGCUUUUUAGCGGGUGAAUAGAAUUUUGCUGAGGUUCACCCAUGAUUCAUCAUCUUAACUCUGUCAAAGAAAUGUACUUACUCAACCAUGUUCAGCCCAACCUCGUGUGUUGUGAGGUGAAAAACAGGACAUCUCAACUUUAUGGCCUCCAAGCAUAAGUUUAAUUCUCUAGUCUACCCUUCCCAACCUUCUUUUGCUGAUGAACAUGCCCAAGAAAAAAAAGAAUGUUUUUCAAAGAUCCCAAUCAUAGUAACAUUUUGGACUAAUAAAUGAAACAUUUUUUUAUAUGCACAGGCGGUAUUUAAAUUUGGAAGUAAGAACUGCCUUCCAGUUCAGGUUGGACUGCACUGAAAUAUUCACACCUAUUCACUGAAGACCUCAGUGGUCAUUAAGUAGCUGGGUUCUCUUUAGAAAUGUCUAGAAUUUCACCUAAUUUUUCUCAGUAUGCUGCCUCACAGCUAAGUCUGCUUCAGAUUGUUAAUGUCUUGUAUUUCAAACAUGACUUUUGGUGUGGGAGACUCUUAAGACUUUAGCCACAUAAAGAUCUGGGUAAAUGUAUGACGUGCACACUUGCAAUGAAUCAUCAAAAUGUUUAGUGAUGUUCUUCUCAUCACUGUUCAGCAAACAGGAAAAAAAAAAGGGGAGUAGAAAUGAUCAAGGCGAGUGCUUAGCGUGCUCUGGGAGACACAAAUUUCCCAUAGAGUAGGGCCUGACCAGAAUCAAACCUUUAAUCCACGUUGGUCAUCUUCAUCCAAAUUGCUUAUCAUUUAGGUCAGCUUUACUGCCAUUUGUAAGCAUGAGACCUGUGACGAGCCCAAGAAAGAUACGGCAAUAAAUACAAUUGUAUUUCUGUUCUCAAGUAGUUUAAAAGCAUUUAAAAUUUCAGACUAUUCGUUAAUUCACAUUAGGUAACGGUAUUUUCUUGAUUGGAAAUGUUGAUACUCAGGUUACUCAUGCUUUAUUGAGAUAAAAAUAGAGAAAUAUUGAAAUUAUGUGACUAAUGCAUAUUCUCUAGAGUAGCUUUUAAAUCAAAACUAAUGUAGGAUAGAAUCGACUGAAGGAUUUAUGAAAAAUACUUGGUGUUAUCAAUUCAGUAUAGUUUCUGAUCUUAACAUUUAUCUUCCUAUAUCUCAGCAUAUUUAAGAGAGAUAUAGCAUAUCUAUAAUUGACAGCCAUGCCAAAUUUAAUGUUAUUAAAUGCUAUAAAAGACCUGAUUAAAUAACUUCCUUAGAGAUUAUAAAUUGAGUUUGGUCUUAAAAGAGCCACAAUCAAGUUAUCCUUUUCUUUUUUUUCUCCACC